UUUUUUUUAAAAAAAAAAAAAAAAAAUAAAAACUUUUUUUUUAAAAAAUAUAAAUGGUUAUGGCUCUUUUUAUAAGGAAUAAUAAUGAAGAAAAAAUUGAACAUGUCAAAAAAAUUGACAUGGUAAAUGAAGUAACCGAAUUUAUUAAAAAACUAGACCAUUCGAACAUUUUUCCACCUAAAUAUUCGGCGAGUGAAAUAAUGGUUACAGAUACAGAUAAAGAAGGAUUAUCCAACAAAAGAACUAUGACCGGUUUUUUUUGCUUUAGACAUGUCGUUUACCUUGAAGUAUUACAACAAGAACUUUUGGAUUUUAUAAAAGGCGGUAUGUUUUUCGCACAGGUCGCUAGCGUUAUGUGGAAUGAAGCAAGUCAAGAAGAUCGUGAUAAGUAUAAAGAACUUUCUUUGGAAUUAAAAAGGUUACAAAUUAAUUGUCAUAAGGAUAAAUCUUUUAAUAAUAGAAAAAAACCUUCAACUAGUCCAGUAUUUAAUAUCAAUAACAUUAGCUUACAAAAAACAAAACCAAAUAAUAAUAUUAUUAAAAAGAAAAAAAAAAUUAUAAACAAAAAACAACUUCAAUCUGAACAAACUGUUGAUAAAUCAAUUAUUGAACAAACUCCACAACAAUCAAGUACUUCUUUUCAAAGAAUGUCUAUAGCUUUUUUAGUGGAAAAUUUAUCUAAUAAUGAAUCAAACGAAAUAACUGAAUUUAUUAAAAAACUUGAUUAUACAAAUAUUUUUCCACCAAAACGUUCAGCGAAAGAAAUAAUGGUCACAGAAUUAAAUAAAGAAGGUUUACCUAGAAGAGCGAUGAAUUGUUUUUUUUGUUUUAGACAUGUCGUUUAUCUUGAAAUAGUACAACAAAAACUUUUAGAUUUUGUAAAAGAUGGAGUAUUUUUUACGCAGGUCGCUAGCGAAAUGUGGAUUAAAGCUAGUCAAAAAGAUCGUGAAAAUUAUAAAGAACUUGCCUCGGAAUUAAAAAAACUGCAGAUUAAUUUUCAUAAAGACAAAACUUAUAUUAAACACAAACCAGCCGGCUCAGUGUUUGUUAAUAUGAACGACAAUAAUUUCCUGAGAACAAAAACAAAUAAUACAAUUAGAAAGAGGAAAAAAAAUACUAACAAGGAACAAGUGGUUAAAAUCGAGAAAUAAUUUAUAUUUAUAUAUAUAAAAAAAAAAUAUUUCAAAAAAAAAAUUUAUGAUAAACUUUAUGCAACAUUCAAUUUAUGGCUUUCUCGAUUAUCAUUAUGUUAUAUCCCCAAGAUUAGUAUUUAUAA